CUUGUCCACAGCAGAUUCCUCCCCCACCUCGGCGCUGGGAAUUCAUUUCAUUCACAAGCGUGUGUAUAUAUACAUUACAUGCCCACCAUAGCGCCUUUCUUUUCUCCUUCCCUCCUCUUCUCCGGUGGCGCCAUGACCGCUCGCCGGUCCCUCUCGGAGCUGAAGUAGAUAACCUAAUCGACACAGCCACUGGAUUUCUCGUCGGUGUCUUUGUAACCGCCUGCUAGGGUUUCCGGAGGACGCGCUGCGCGGUUUCCAGUGGCGAGUUCUGCUGCAGUGCUGUGGCUCUAGGUUUUUCUGUUUGUGGUUCUUGUCUGGUGAAUCGGUCGCCGGGAAUGGGGAGCAUGGAUCAAGGCGAUGACCUGACCUUCAAGGUUAAUUUCACCGGCGAGGGCGCCGCUAGGCUCAGGGAGACAGUCAAAGAGAAGCUCAAGGAGUUCAUGGGCGAUUACACUGAUGACACUCUUGUGGAAUAUGUGGUUGUCUUGUUGAGAAAUGGAAGGCGGAAAGAUGAAGCGAGAAAUGAGUUGGAUGUCUUUUUGGGAGAUGACAGCGAUUCUUUUGUUUCCUGGUUGUGGGAUCAUUUGUCUACAAGUUUGCAUCUCUAUGUACAACCUGAAGAAACUGAUGAGCAUGAUGUGACCGAACCAAAGCUCUCAUCGGAUGACCUAGCUGGAAGAAAUGAUUCUGGACAUUUGAAUUCUGAAAUUGAUACUGGGAAGUCAGGUAACUUAUUGAGAAGCCGACACAACAGAGACUGGAGAGGACUUAUAAGGGAUACUGCUGAUCCUCCUCCUCUUCUAAGCUCAGAGAUUGAAAAGGUUCAUUCUGAAGAGAAAUCUCAUCAGAGAGCCAGUCGUGCGAAAAGACCUGUUUCACCCCGACAUCAGUCGAAGAGGAAAAGAAGUCGUUCUGAUGAGAGACAUCAAGUGAAGAGGGAGGCUGCUCAUCAAGUCAUUGAUGCCCCCCGGCGGCUGCUGCAGUUUGCAGUACGAGAUGCUGUGGCUACAUCAAGACCUGAUUCAACUACGGAAUCUUCACUUAAACGUCUUCGUUCUGUGGUUUCAACAUCCAACGAGGAUUCAUCCUUGGUUGAUCGUCCUCCUAGGGUUCGAUCAGUUGCACUGGUGCCAAAUUCCAUGGCAACAGUAAUUAAAGCUGUGGCAGAAGCUGCCGAAGAUGUUAGGAAAGUCAAGUCCUCCAAAAGCGUAUUUGACAGAUUAAGUCGUGGUGGGGAUGUGGCAGAGCCUGAAUUCAUUGAACGUCGGGAGGAUGCCAUUGAGGAUGAAGAAUAUGGGGACGCGGAGCAAUUUAUAGAUGAAACCCAAUCAACCUAUCUUGGAGGACGCAGACAAUUCGAUGGGGAUAUGACAAUGAAGGAAAGUGAUUCCAUGCUAGCUUCUGAUUAUGUUUCUGACUAUGAACGGUAUGAGGAAACUGAUGUUAGGGCCCAUGAUAAUGUCUCUCAUGGUGAUGCAUUAGGUGGAGAUGAUGAGAUUUUACUAAAGAUGCAUCACAAUGCAGCACAUAAUGGCAGUGAUGGCAUGAGGUUUAGAUGGAAUGAGGAGGAUGAGCCUCCUGUCACUAAAAAUACAUCUCGUAAGAUGGUCAAUAUUCCUGGGAGUGUUAGUACAAGAAAGCCACGUCCUCCUUACCAGGCACCCUCAGAGAUUCCUGCACAUCAGGUUCAGAAACCUUUGCAGCAGAAUUUUACAGCAGCUAAUAAAUCUGAUGUUCAAGUAAUGAGGGAUAAUGGUGGUCCGGUUCGUGUUUCCAAUGGAGAUGUAAAAUCAGUUUUUGAUUCGCAGAGAGCAAAUCAACCAACUUCUGGAGUAUCUGCUCGCUCGAUGGAGGAUGCUGAUUCUCGGACAAUUUUUGUUAAUAAUGUUCACAUAGCUGCUACCAAGGAUAGUCUGUCCCAGCAUGUCAGUAAGUUUGGUGAAGUACUAAAAGUGAUAAUAAAUACUGAUGCAGCGACAGGGCAGCCAAUAGGCUCUGCCAUCAUAGAGUUUGGGAGGAAAGAGUCGGCAGACAGUGCAUUGUCUUUAGAUGGCACGUCUUUCAUGUCACGGAUUCUCAAGGUGAUGAAACGGAGUUCGCCUGCCCUUCAAAAGCCAGCUCCUGCAACUGCUAUGACAUGGCCACGAGCUGUUUGGGGCUCUCCCUAUGCGAGGUUUCCUAGAGCUCCUUUCCCUCGUGGCAUGCCUUCUGCAUUCAGGGCACGCCCACUGAUGAGGGGUGGCGCAAGGAGCCUGCAGUGGAAGCGUGAUGCUCAGCCCAAUUCUGCCGAAGCCAGUACUUCUGCUUCUGCUUCCUCCUCUACUUUCAACGCCACCCACUCCUUCACUGCCCGAAGGUUCACCUAUGUCCGCACUGAGGCUAAACCCGAAGGGAAUGUUGGAGCAAGUGCCACCUAGUUGCUAGAACUCCAUCAUCCUGCUACAUGAUUUUCAGAGGUACAAAUAUUUUGUUUCCAGUCGAGGACGAUAUAGACUUAGCAACGGGUUCGCCUUUCUACCUACCUACGGGUCGGUUUUAAGAUGCUAUGAGGAAGCUCGAGUUUUUCUAUGCCUUUUUAAUUCGUCCCACUCGGUGGCUUUGGGAAGAAGGGAGGAUAAUAUUUGGGGGGAAUUUUUUUAUAAGAUGAAGCAGAGUUGAAGGGCGUCGUAUAUUCUGCGAUUCAAAUGAGGAAGACUAAAGCUUGUAAGUUGUGAAUAGGACUUUACCUCAAAUUAUUGAACACCAUUUUAUCUCUUUAAUCUUUAUGCAAAGGGUUUAGGUCGCUGCUCGCA